AUGGCGGAAUCAUUACUUUCGGGAAAAUUUAGCCAAUACUUCAUAGAAAGGGAAUUAUGGUUACCAUCAGAUAAAUUUUAUCAAAAAUUGGAUUAUAGUGUUGAGAAUGUAAGAAAAUAUAAUGAUGUAUGUACUUCACUUAACAGUAUUAAGAAAAAAAUUGCCCUUAGAAGACCUUGUGCUCUGGUUCUAAAUUAUUUAGCAAAUACUUAUAAAAAAUUGGAGAAUGAAAAUUCGGCCUAUGAUGAAUGCAUACUUUUAAAUUACUGGAUAUACGGUAAAAUAUAUGAACAAUACAAAGAUUUAAAAAAAAGUGCCAUUAGUUUUGGUGAACUUCAAAGUGUGUGGAAUGAUCUUAUUAAGAAUUCAUCAAAAACAGCAUAUUACGAUAAAUGUCAACCUGAUUUUCAUAUGGUUAUGAAAGAUGACUGGAGGAAAAGAAAAGAAUUAUAUGAUUACUUUGUGGACUAUAACACGCUAAAAGGUAUCGUUCCUAACUAUGAUACACAUUGCAAGGAAAUUUACACGUACCUUAAAGAUAAAGAUGUAUUAUAUAAAGAAUAUAGUAAACACUGCUCUAAAACAGAUAAUAGUAUGUGCCCAGAUUUUUUCGCUAAAAAUAACGAAAAAGAUCCAAAUGCUCUGUUAAAAAAGCUUUCGUGUUAUGAAGAAAUGCGGAGUAUGGAAGCUUUAAAACUAGAACAAAGACAGGCAUCUGCAGAAACUGAUCCUGGCCUAACCGUAGUUGCAGCAAGUCUUCCCCUAAAUUCACAGAAAGCUCGUGACGGAACUAACCCAGUAACAAAUAGUGGUAAUGUACUUCUGGGUGUAGUGGUAACUUCCAUGACUUCUGGUGCUUUAUAUAAGUUUACACCACUUGGAAGAAUGUUACGAAAUGGAUUGGGAUGGAAUAGAAAUAACAUAAAUCUUCACGACAAUGGAUUAUUUGAAUACGCACCAGGUUCAUUUAAUCCAUAUUCAAUGGGUGGAGAUGAACAUUAUAUUGGGUACCAGCCUGCGUAA